AUGCGAGUCUCUUACGUCCUCCCACUCCUUAGCCUGUUUCUAUCCCAGACCACAGCAGCAGCCCUCGGAUCUUCACCCCACAAACUGAGCACCCUCCGCCAGUGCCAAACAACAGGCAAAAACUGUCCAGAGGGAACAAUAAUAGUCUCCCAAACCAACACAACCACCUCCAAAAAACAAAUCUACAAAACAAUCCAAUCAGCAAUAAAUACCCUACCGAACAAUACACACCCAGCAACAAUCUUAAUAAAAGCAGGCACAUACAACGAACAACUAAACAUCACCCGCGCCGGCCCAAUAACAUUCAUAGGCGAAACAACCAACCCAAAAGAUGCCACAGCAAACCAAGUCCGCAUAACCUGGUCCGCAGCCAAUAAAGACUCAACAGGUCAAAGCGUGGAUAAUGUCUACUCGAGUGUACUCGUUGUAGCGCCCACUCUCGAAUCGAGUCUGACGGGCUCCGGGACGACCGGCUAUGCCGUGCCUGAUGAUACGCCGUUUGGAAAUGUGGAUUUCAGGGUUUACAAUGUUGAUUUUGUGAAUGAAUGGUCUGACUAUUCGGAUGGGCCGGCUCAUGCUUUGAGUUUGAGUCGUGCUAACGGCGGCUUUUAUUAUUGCGGGUUUUUUUCGUAUCAGGAUACUGUCUACAUCGGCAAACUCGGCAACGCAUACUUCUACAAGAGCAUAAUAGCCGGUCAAACAGACUUCCUCUACGGCUUCGGCACAGCCUGGAUCCAAUCCAGCAAGAUCCAACUACGCGGUUGCGGCGGCGGGAUUACAGCCUGGAAAGGGACCAACACAACAUUCACCAACAAAUACGGUGUAUACAUUGUGGACUCGGACGUGCGCGCGGCAAAUACAUCCAUUGCACCUGAUAUUAUUGGUGAAUGUGCGCUUGGGCGGCCGUGGAAUAGUCAACACCGGUCUAUUUUUGCGCGGUGUACUGAGGACGGCAGUAUCACUGCUAGUGGGUAUAUUGAUUGGGUUGUUUCUGGUGUUGCACGUUUCCAGGAGGGUGUUACUCUUAUGGCUGAGUAUGCGGUUUCUGGGGCUGGCUUCAAUCGCACUGGACGGAUUGAGGGGGGUGUUACUACUUUGCUUGAUAGGAAGGCUUGGAAGGGGUAUAGUGAGCCUGAAAGAGUGUUCCAGGAGCCCACUGGAGAGUUUGGGAAUGUUGGAUGGAUUGAUUGGGGGGUUAUUGGUGAGAAGUAG